CCCCGUCAGGUCCCGGGAACCGAACCCGAAGGAGAGGAGGGGGGCCCCAUGGAUUUAGGGGGGAGGGGAAAGCCAUGGGGGGUCCCCCCCCGGAACCCCUUUCCCGGGCACACGCUCUCCGCUGGAAGAGGCGCAGAGAGACAUUUUCCCCAGAAUCUUAAGUGUGGGGGCGGCUGGCUGGGGGGCUCGUCCGGCCCAAAGCCCGAGGCGAGGGAGAGAGUUGGCGGAGGAAGCGGACUACGUGCCGGGCCAUGGCCUAGGCCCUUCGGCCCCGGCCCCGGCCCCGGCCGCAAUGACCUCUUUGCCCUGCCCCCUCCCUGGCCGGGACGCCUCCAAAGCUGUCUUCCAAGACCUCGCCCCCGUUCCGUCGGUAGUGGCUGCCUACCCGCUUGGCCUGUCCCCCACAACCGCAGCCUCCCCCGAUUUGUCCUAUUCCAGGCCGUAUGGCCACCUCCUGUCCUAUCCCUACACCGGGCCAGCGACCCCCAGGGACUCCUACCUGCCCUGCCAGCAACCCGCGGCACCUUCUCAGCCCCUCUGUGGCCCCGCCGAGCACCCACAGAAACCGGAGGCAGACUCUGAGAAGCCGCUGUUGUCCCGGGAGCCCUCGGAGGGGCUCCCGCAGGCCCCGGCCAAGAAGCUGCGCAAGCCGAGGACCAUCUACUCGAGCCUGCAGCUGCAGCACCUGAACCAGCGCUUCCAGCACACGCAGUACCUGGCGCUGCCCGAGAGGGCCCAGCUGGCAGCGCAGCUCGGCCUCACCCAGACCCAGGUAAAGAUUUGGUUUCAGAACAAACGCUCUAAAUACAAGAAGCUCCUGAAGCAGAACUCUGGGGGACAGGAAGGGGACUUCCCUGGGAGGACCCCUUCUGUGUCUCCCUGCUCCCCGCCCCUUCCAUCCAUCUGGGAUUUACCCAAGGUGGGGGCCCUGCCCACCAGUGGCUAUGGCAACAGCUUUGGAGCCUGGUAUCAGCAUCACUCCCCAGAUGUGCUGGCUCCGCCUCAGAUGAUGUGAGUCCCGGCAGGGGCAGGUCAGCCCCAGCCCUCCUGCAAAGCCCAGGACCCAGCCCACCUGCACCUCUUCUGGGCUGGGAGAAAAGCAGCUCCAGAUGGAUAUUCUCUGGAGGACAAGGAGCUGGAAAAGGAAAAGGGAUGGGGUGGAGUCCUGCACCCCCAACCCAAAGAGCUAAAUCAAGGACCUCAGCCUUAACCACCGCCUCCCACCACUACCAUGGACUGGACACCUUCCCUCCAGCUGGACAAAGGCUCUGGAGUGAGCCAUCGACUGGAGUUGAGACUGCCCCCAGGGUCCUUAGUCUUGCCACUCCCCUCUCCCUCCCUCUCCUCUUCCUUCUCCUUCUCCCCUCCCCCCCACCCCUUUGAAAGGACUACAGCUCCACUACAGCCUGAAGUCAAAACCAGCAAGAGUAUUUUUUUUUUCUCUUUGUGUGUUUUGGGCUUUGCCCAACCCAUUUGUGAGCAAAAGCAGAAGUGGACAUCCAGAGUGGAUCCCCCCACCCCCUGAUUUUCCUGGAGGUCAGCCCGUUACCCCCAUAACUAAUAUGCCCACUCACCAUCCUGUGAGGUAGAAGGGAUGCGGAGAAAUAUGGAGUUUGUGGGCCUGUGGGUAAUUUGUGCUCUCCUCC